AUCCAGAGAGAAAUACUGUCCAGCCUGCUCAGUCCACACACACACGCACACACACUCCUCCAUCCGCCAGGGCUCCACUCAGCUGCCGAGGGUUUGUUUUCUCUCGCGGUGUCUGCUUUUCCGGCCAGUUUUGUCUGUAAAAUUAAACUAAUUUACGGUUAGCUCUCUUGGCUACUCGUUCCGGCUACAUGGCUAGCUAGCAUUGCCAAGCUAACCAUCGUUAGCUGCGGAGCCGCCGGGUGUGUGUGUGGGGGGUGUUCAAGUGGAGAAGAGCCGAGGGGGAGCGCGGAAUGGCAGGAAUUCAGUCGGGUUGCCCUUCCAGAAGAGACCGCGACUGAGCAAAGUGAAGCUGUGCUCUCCUCCCACAAUCACCGGUUGUUGGUGUUACUGUAACUCCCAUCAUGGUGCAGAAGUAUCAGUCACCCGUGCGGGUGUAUAAACAUCCCUUUGAGCUGGUGAUGGCGGCAUACGAACGCCGCUUCCCCAAAUGUCACCUCAUCCCCAUGUUCGUGAACAGCGACGUGGUGAACGAGGAGACGAGCGAGGACGGCUCCACCCAGAGGAUCGAGCGCCGCUGUGCCCUGGACGUGGACGCGCCGCGCCUUCUUAAGAGGAUUGCCGGUGUAGACUAUGUGUACUUCAUCCAGAAGAACACGCUGAACCGAAAAGAGAGGACCCUGCACAUCGAAUCCCACAACGAGACGUUCUCCAACAGGGUGGUCGUCCACGAGACCUGCUGCUAUUCAGUCCACCCAGAGAAUGAGGACUGGACGUGUUUCGAACAAACGGCCAGUUUGGACAUCAAGUCCUUCUUUGGCUUUGAGAGCACCGUGGAAAAGAUUGCCAUGAAGCAGUAUGCCAGCAGUAUCAACAAGGGAAAGGAAAUCAUUGAGUUCUACCUAAAGGAGCUCGAGAAUGAGGGCGUGACUCACGUCCCCCGCUGGACCUGUUCCUACAUUUGUCCCGCUCUCCCUGCGCCAAACAGCGUGUCCGCCAGCCAGCCCGAACUACAGCACACCAGCACGCCAACGGUCUCUGCCUCGCAGACCACCGACACCAAAGAUGGCGCCGCACAGGAUGCGAAGCAGGAUAGCGGAGCCGCUCAGGCCGACAACCCACCAGAGAACGUGGCUGGAACGCCUGAAGAUAAACUGGAUGCCGACUACAUCAAACGUUACCUGGGCGACCUGACGCCUCUGCAGGAGAGCUGCCUCAUCAGACUUCGCAAAUGGCUGCAGGAGACGCACAAGGGAAAGAUCCCUAAAGACGAGCACAUCCUGCGCUUCCUGCGCGCCAGAGAUUUCAAUAUGGAUAAGGCACGGGAGAUACUGUGCCAGUCUCUGACCUGGCGAAAGCAGCACCAAGUGGACUACCUGCUGGAGACCUGGAACCCUCCGCAGGUUCUGCAGGACUACUACACCGGCGGCUGGCACCACCACGACAGAGACGGUCGUCCUCUGUACAUCCUGAGGCUGGGUCACAUGGACACCAAAGGUCUGGUGCGCGCCCUUGGAGAGGAGUCUCUGCUCAGACACGUGCUGUCUAUCAAUGAGGAGGGCCUGAGGCGUUGUGAGGAGAACACCAAGGUGUUUGGUCGACCUAUCAGCUGUUGGACGUGUCUCGUCGAUCUGGAGGGCUUGAACAUGCGUCACUUGUGGCGACCGGGGGUCAAGGCGCUGCUGAGGAUCAUCGAAGUUGUGGAGGCAAACUAUCCAGAGACUCUGGGACGGCUGCUUAUCUUGAGAGCGCCGAGAGUCUUCCCAGUCCUGUGGACGCUGGUGAGCCCGUUUAUCGAUGAGAACACCCGGAAGAAGUUCCUGAUCUAUGCAGGCAACGACUACCAGGGUCCUGGAGGGCUUGUCGAUUAUAUAGACAAGGAAAUCAUCCCUGACUUUCUAGGAGGAGAGUGCAUGUGUGAGGUGCCAGAGGGCGGCCUGGUUCCUAAGUCCAUGUACCGCACACCCGAGGAGCUCGAGAACGAGGACGUGCGUCUCUGGACCGAGACGAUCUAUCAGAGCGCCAGCAUCUUUAAGGGAGCUCCUCAUGAGCUCGUGAUCGAGAUCAUCGACGCCGCCUCCGUUAUCACCUGGGACUUUGACGUGUGCAAAGGCGACAUCGUCUUCAACCUCUACCACUCCAAGCGAGCCCCCCAGCCGCCGCGCAAAGACCCCCUGGGAGCCCACGGCAUCACCUCGCCGGGCGUCAACAACGUCCAGCUCAUCGACAAGUCCUGGACGCUGGGCCAAGACUACAGCAUGGUGGCGUCGCCGCUCACCUGCAAGGAGGGCGAGAGCGUGCAGGGCUCCCAUGUGACCCGUUGGCCGGGUUUCUACAUCCUGCAGUGGAAGUUUCACAGCAUGCCGGCCUGCUCGGCCACCAAUUUGCCCCGGGUGGACGACGUCCUGGCCACCUUGCAGGUGUCCUCACACAAGUGUAAAGUCAUGUACUACACCGAGGUGCUGGGCUCCGAGGACUUCAGAACGGCUUGCUGUGAUGUGCAGAGUUUGGGUUCGAUGACCAGCUUGGAGUCGAGCCACAGCGGGUUUUCUCAGCUCAGCGCUGUUACCACCUCCUCUAACCACUCCCAGUCCAGCUCCAUGAUCUCCAGGUAGAAACCGGCAGCGGCGGACUUCAGACCCCGACUUCCCUCACUCCACAGCCUUUAUCAUCAUGGUGGAAACCUUUCUCCUUCCCCGCGUCCCCUCUCGUCUUUUGGACACUAUCGCACAAAUAAAAGAUGAAGAGUUCUGAAACUAAGGCAAAAAAAAACAAAAAAAGAAAGAUUUAAAGGGCUGAUUUUUGCACAAAGGUCAUAUAUUUUUGUGUCGGACCAUUCGCAGGGAGUUCACUUGCGGGGGGGGGGUGGAAAUGUCACAGGUGAGCCAGGCGGAGGUGGGCGGAAGCGGAAAGAAGCAAUAUUUUUCAUGCCGUGGGUCCGGAAAGAGACACUGGAGGGCGCUGUUACAUUUACGCGUAGACUUUUAGCGGCCACUCGCAGUACUGAGACGACUCGUACCUCACUCACGCUGUUACAUAAAAACACAAAUGGGCACAGAUUAAACGGUUGCCACGUUGUUACUGGAAAAAAAAGAAAAAAAAAACGGGGGUUAUUGUUACUAGUUAGUCAUUUGUAGGUCAAAUGUGGGUGGGUUAAACAUCCUAAGGGACCUGGCUCCACUCCAACAUCCGCUGCUGACAAUUGAAGCUCAGCAUCACACGUGCGCCGCCGACCGGUUAUCACGAUUUAAAGGAGAAACUUUCUCCCUCCCUGACGAGCGCUUGAAUAUUGGACCCGGGGUCUGGGAUGUUAGCGAGGUAAUCCGCUAGCAGCAAUAACGCAGGAUGGACUUUUAAACUGUGUGAAACGUAUUUAUUAUUUAGAUGCAUGUGAAGUAGUGCACAGGUAGACAAAAAAAAAUAAAAAAAUAAAUAGCUGCCACUAACGUCACUAAAGCAUUUUGUCAGGAGAGGAGGACAAGCGCUCGGUUCGCUUUAAGGAACCCGGAUCAAGUCGGCGCUGCAGUCAGCCGAGCCAAUGGGACGACGACGUUAAUUGUGUUGUGUACGUGUGCUGCUUUGCGACAGCUGUGGCAAGGAGAAGAAGGCGAUGUUGGAUCGGUGCGUUCCUGCACGCACGCGCACAGGGGUUUACUGAUUUUGUUAUUUAAGAAUUAAGAGAGCCAUUUUUUUAAAGAGCCAUGUGUCAAUAAAUACCAUUUUAGCCUUUGUAAACAUCACUUUAGAAAUGUAUCUGCUAUUUUCAAGGUGACCACUGUAACAUUUCGAAAUGCAACACUUCCAUGCAACGGUUUCUAAUACAGUUUACUUCAAUAUAUAUUCCAAAAAGAGAGAAAAAAAAAAGGUCUUGGGUGGAAUUUAGCUGCCCUGUUUUUAAUAUCCAGAAAUGCUCAUUUGUGGCUGGUAAAGGUCAGCGGUUGUUUAAAAUCCUUACUUGGCAAUAAGAUGAGAAAAAGGAACUUUGAAUGAGGAGUGGCGGUGUGUGUGUGAGUGAGACGGCGUAAAAAUGAAUGUUUGCUGUAGACUGGAGGAGAUAUAUCUAAUGAAAUUUGUGUUUAACACAUUUCUGACCCUGUAAGCAGAUGUUUUGCUUCUUUCCUUAUUUCUAGGUGCACUUUGACAACUACAUUUAUUUAAAUCGCUGUUCUAAUCUUGUAUAUUUCCUUUUGUUUUCCUUCUGUGUGCUUUUUUUUUUUUUUUUGGUUCACCUUUUGGACCUUGUCUUAAGUCGCAGGCAUGAAGAAUUGUAUUCAUACCAGGUUUUGUUGCGUCGACAGAUUAUCUCCAUGCUUUGAUGCUUUUCAUUGAGAUCUCAUUCAGAAAUGAGGGCUAUAUAACCGUUUGUCUCCAUUGUUCCACACAUUUCUGCCUCCCUGCUUCCUCUGCUGAUAUUUCUGCAUAUCUUCUCUGCACCUCUGUGUGAGAAACUGCUAAAAAAAAAAAAAAGAGAGCUUUGGAUGAAAGAACAUGUCGCCUUUAUGUUUUGAAGUAAAUAAACUUGAAUUAUGAUGGAAAAAAA